AGCUAAAGUAUGGGACUGAGUGCUGGGUCUGUAAGGUAAAGGCAAAAGCCCGUACUGGCGUUAAGGGUGUGACGGAGGGACCUGGAAGGAGCUGGAGAUCCCGGAUGAAGAACCCUACUGACGCUUAGACCCGGGCUGGAAGACCUGAGGGGGGAGGCGGGCGGGGGGUUGGGCAAGCAUGAGGCGGAGCUAGGGGCUGGACUGGAGCUUACAGCUGGGCCGAGGGCUCGACCAAGCUGAGGUUCAACGUUGAACUCUGCGAGGUAGGGUCCUGUGGAAGAACUGGGCUGACAGCGAUGUGGGUCAGGACGACAAUAACGGUUAAAAGAUGGACUGAGGAAAGGUCUGGCCGCAAAAUUGAGAGAACCGAGAGAACUGAUAUCACGAGGUUGCCCAGCUGGAAGAGAGGAUACCCGGCUAGUGUGGACUCCAGCAGUGAUCUAUUUUCCUUUUCUGAAGGUGAGAACAAGGAGACAGACAGACGUUGCUGGAAACACCAGCACUGUCCCGGGCAUACCAUCCACCCCUUCUCGGACUGUGGCCAUCACAACAGAUGUAUGCAUGCUGUCAGCCAAUGCGACUGUGAAUCUAGGUGUAGAAGCCACAGGCCUGUCUCUGUGGCAAUAAUUUACCAUCCCACCCACCAUAUGUAUAUGACAGAGGACGAUCUGGAAGAGCCUUGCUGGGUUUCCAGCAAAAAUCACUUAAGUCCCAGUGCCAGACCUCCUGACCCAAACACAGGGUCAGCCACUGAGGUUCCUGACUUAUCAGUGCCCAUCACUAUCUGGCGUUCUGAAAGCCCCAUAGAAAAGAGUCAGGAAAGCAACGUCAUCAAGGAUAUAAAGAGAAAGGAGAAAGAGCAAGACGAGGAGGAGAUGGUGGAUGAAAAGGCAAACUUGAAGAAAAAAGCCAAGGGCAAGUUAACUAAGAAGAAAACCCCAGUGAAGUCAGUGUCUUCCCCUGCCGAUUUGAGCCAAUCUGUAAGAGGACCAGUGAGGACACCAGAGUCUAGCCCAGAAAGCCCGGGAGGGCUGGAGAGCGAGGACAGUUGUGAACGGGGUAAAGAAAGGCCCUCCAGUGAAGAUGUUGUAGAGUCAUCGUCCCCCAGAAAGAAAUCUGGCCAGGCCAAAAAGAAUGGGACAAAGAAAGAAACCCAGAAAACAAGCAAGAGAAAAAAAUCUUCCCCAGUGCCCAACCCCAAUCUCAGCUGAGGCUAGGGCAAACAGAGUGAAUAAUAAAUCAAGCCUGUAACUGACCCCUACUGCUAUUCUCUCUCCCUUCAACAGGGCCUCUUCUUAUGGGAGGGGGCUGCAGGGAUCCUCUAAGGGCAAUCCUGCUUUCAAGGAGGAAGUCGAUGUCUAUGGGAAGUUAAGUAGGAGGGAGAGAGAACUCUCAGGACUAGGUGGGAGAAUCUAUUUGGGGAGUGGGUAGGGGGUGGGAGAACAGUGUUAUCACAUCCAUUCUGUGGUGGCCAGCACUAUGAAAUGCUACCUUCAAUAAACUGAACCUGCC